AUGGCGACAUCAAAUCGUUGUUCGGUAUGUCAAAAACGUGCAGGAACUUGCUUUUGCCCUGGAUGCAAAGCAUUUUUCUGCGAUGAUGAUUUUCAAAGUCAUUGUGGAAUAUUACUCAAUGAAUUAGAUGGGCUUACGGUAGAUCAGAAUGACCUUCAAGCAAAAAUCAAUGAGGCCGCUUCGCAUAAAGAGUCUAGCAACCAGUUUCUUGUACAAAUCGAUGAAUGGCAACGAAAAACUAUCGAGAAGGUGAAACAAGCUGCUGAAUUAGCUCGACAGCAGAUCUUCAAAAUAAAGAAUUCUAAACUGGAAGAAAUUAUGGGACAGUUCCAAACGCUGUCACAAGAGUUGAAAGAACUGCGCGAAACAAAAGGUAUUAUUGAACAGGAUUUAACACGAAUGAAAGAAGAAAUUCGUCGACUUAAUGAAGAUUUAGAACAAGUAGCUCAAUCACCAACAAUCGAACUAAAUAUGAUACAGAGUGAUCAAAUCGUAUGGCAACGCAUGAUAUAUGUCGAGGAAAAAUCUUCAAGUCUUGUUAAUCAAUCACAUCUACCAAAAGCAAUAGGUGAGCACCAAUAG